UAAAUUUCACUGAAUAGGUAUCAUGGUUUUUGCUCCAGAACUGAGGACUCAUGCGCAAAAAGUUUGUUCAUUAUACAAAAAGGCUUUGCGCACUCUAGAAGCCUACUAUGUAGAAAGAAAAGUGGUGCGCUAUCAUCAAGUACUUCUCAGGAAACAAUUUGAUGAUAACAGAUGUGUGUGUGAUCCUGUGGAACAACGCCGUUUACUUUGGAGCGGCGAGCACGAGUUGUUCUUGCAAAAACAUCCUAUACCAGUAGCUAAAUUUCCAAAAUCUCUUGGAAUAGCUGCAGGUGUAGCACACGGCCGUGUUUCAGAGCCACCAGAUUGGGUCCUAGAUUACUGGCACCCUCUUGAAAAAGCUCAAUAUCCUGAGUAUUUCGCGAGACGCGAGAAAAGAAAAUGUGAAUACAUUGAAAAGUGGCGCAGUGGAAUUGUGUAUUGA